AUGUCAAAUGCAGAGGCCAGCAGAGUGUAUGAGAUUAUCGUAGAAUCGGUGGUAAAUGAAGUAAGAGAGGAUUUUGAAAAUGCGGGUAUCGAUGAACAAACUUUACAAGACCUGAAAAACAUCUGGCAAAAAAAGCUCACAGAGACGAAAGUAACCACUUUUUCAUGGGACAAUCAGUUCAAUGAAGGAAAUAUAAAUGGUGUACAGAACGAUUUAAACUUUAAUCUUGCUACCCCCAGUGUGAAUUCUAGUGAGUUCAAUAUCAAGGAGGAGAACACUGGUAAUGAAGGUUUAAUUUUGCCAAAUAUCAAUCCUAACAACAAUAUACCCCACUCUGGAGAGACCAAUAUUAAUACCAAUACGGCAGAAGCAAACAACAAUGCAGCUACUACCUCGAACACGAAUACUAAUGGUAAUACAAAUGCAGACGCAACUAGCGAGCCUAAAAUCGAAGUAAAGCCGGAAAUAGAACUUACUAUUGAUAACGCUAAUAUAACCACCGUCGAAAAUAUAGACGAGGAAAGUCAGAAGAAAGACAAUGGGGAAGAGGAAGAGGACGUGGAGAAAAGUCGCAAGGAAAAGGAACAGAUAGAACAAGUGAAAUUACAAGCGAAGAAGGAAAAAAGAAGUGCAUUAUUAGAUACAGACGAGGUCGGUUCAGAACUAGAUGAUUCGGACGAUGACUAUUUAAUUUCGGAGGGUGAAGAAGAUGGACCAGAUGAGAAUUUAAUGCUGUGCUUAUAUGACAAAGUCACAAGGACCAAGGCGAGAUGGAAAUGUAGUUUGAAGGAUGGUGUGGUUACCAUUAAUAGAAAUGACUACACAUUUCAAAAAGCUCAGGUGGAAGCAGAGUGGGUAUAA